AUGAAUAAACAAAUAAAUAGUAAUAAUAAUAAUAAUGAUAGUAUCAAUCAAGUAUUCAAGAAUAGAUAUUUGUUACAAAGGAUAUUAAGAUUAGUACAACAUAAUCAUCGUAGACAACUAGUAAGAUCAUAUAGAUACAAUGAACUAAACUACUUGUUAUGGAUACUAGAGAAUGAUCAUCAAGGAUUGUUAAAGAUGAUCUUUGAUAGAGGUGAAUUUGAACAAAGAUUAAAAGUACAAAGUGAUGGUAUAGAGUUGUUCUUUACUAAAGUAAAAGAUCGUCAAUUGCUGCUGUCUAUCUAUAAUCAAUACCCUCACCUCUUUUAUAAUACCAAUACAAUCAAAUGGGCAUGUCUAAGAGGUGAUGUAGAGAUUGUAAAGAUGUUAAUCAAUCAAACCGAACCUUCUAAAUUAUCCUUUCGCCCAAAUGACAUGUUGGAUUGUGCAGUCCAAUCAGGCUCGGUAGAAAUGGUACAAUUCAUUGUAGACUUUAUAUCAAGUAUAAAGACAAGAGAGAGAAAGGCUAUCACCCUCAUCGUUAAAACAGCCAAUUUAGAGAUCAUAAAUAUAGUUGUUACAAGCAAACAACUUGCCGGAAUAAAUGAACACAUCCUAAUCGAUGUUGACCUUCUUCUUGGUAUGGAUGGUCCAUGGCCCGUUUAUUUUAACAGAGAUAUAUGUAGAUGGAGACCAGAAAUUAGUGAUACAUUGGUACUUAUCGCCAAAGAACUCCUUGCAGCAGCUGAUAGUUCAACUAACCCAUCCGAGUGCUCAAAACAUCUUUCAAAGAGUUCAAUACCAUUUAAAACGAUUUACAAAUCAAUCAAAAGUUACCAUCAAUUUGUUGGAUUGGCAAAAAUGAAAAAACAAAUGGAAACAAUUCGAGACACUGAUCCAGUAUACUAUCCAAUGCUGAUUAUCAAAUCUUUUGGCAAUGAAGAGGCCAAGGAUGCAUUGGUUACCUAUCUGAUCAAGAGCGACCAUUUUUUUUUAAAAUUAUCACUUUGUGAUGAAGAUAGAGAAUUUUGGGGACACACCCUUGGAAUUCCACCCAAUCUAUGUGAUAUAACAGUGGAUCAUGCUGAAAUAUUUUAUGUUUAUCCUUGGAUUGUCCCAACUAGUCGUGUCGAUAAUAUCGAAUUAUUUGACUACAUUGACAACUCGUGCAUUGCAGAAGGAAGGAGGAUGGAAUGGGUGUCAAGAGUAUUGGAGUAUGCAAUCUUGAAAUUAAAUUAUAAUCUCAUUAGACAUAUAUCAACAACAAUUAAAGAUCUAGAUAAACAACUACCGAAAUGGUCAUUUGGACUUGGAAAAGGAUCAUUCAUAUCUGAUUACAUUGAAAUGGCAAAAUUACUCACUGAACUUAACUUGUAUGCAAAUGAAAUCAAUUUUGAUUGUGCAAUUAGAUCGAUUCAACAUCCUAUUGACCAUUUAACCAACUAUCAAUUGACUUGUCUAUCACUGGCUCCAUAUAAUUAUUCGCUCUAUUUUGCAUUCUUUUGCAAUGGUGAUUAUAUGAUUAAAGCAUUAAUCAAUCAAAAUAAGGAUGGUCGGAUUAAAAUGUCUAGUAUUAUAAGAGACAGUUCAAUAUCUGGUCACAUUGUUAGAUACCAAGAAGAUGUAAUCAGGUCAAUUUUAAAUGGCGAGUAUGGAGACAAUAUAGAUUGGAAUUGGGAUGGUUUGUCAAACUUGUUUGAAAGUUCUUGCAUCGUUGGAAAAUUGGAACUAUUUGAAUACUUUCUAGUCAUUGUGGAGAAGAUGUUUGGAAAAAAGAAAACCUCUCAAAUCUGUAGUAUGGUAGUAGAAAGCGGAAGAAUACCAUUUAUAAAAUACAUCAUAAAGACAUACAAUACUACCAUUAUGGAUUUAUUGACUGCAAUAGGUCAAUCCAAACAUAUACAAUCAUUUUUAAAGGAUCAAACUCAAGUGGAUUCAAAUGGAAUCGUUACAUUAAAAUUACAAUAA